GUCAUUUUCUCACAUAUACUUCACACAAAGGAAACAACCAUUCAUCACUACUUCAUUAUACCCUUGUCAUUUCUCCCCUUCUCUCUCUCCCUCUAUUCAUCCUCCCCAGCUUCCUCCAUCUCCAUCCAACCCACCAAAAAGAAGAACAAGAACAACAACAAGGGAAGGUUUUGAUUUUGCUUUUUUGGUACCAACUAGCUUAGCUAGAGACCACAAUCACCAGAAGAAGAAGAAGAAGAGGAAAAGAGAGAUCGAUGGAGCUGUUCCCAGCACAGCCCGAUUUGUCCCUCCAAAUCAGCCCUCCCAACGCCAAACCCUCCUCCUCCGCCUGGCCUCGCCGGCCGGCAGCCGACGACGACCCCGCCGCCGAUUUGGGAGGGUUCUGGAAGCGAGCCCUCGACUCCAGAAACCCCACCGCCACCACCUCCAACACCGCCUUCGACCUCUCCCUCUCCAAUCCCCGCCUCCUCUCCGAUUCCAACCACCACCAUGGAAACGCCAACGGAGCUAGCUUCCACCAACAUCACCACCCUUCAACUUUCUACCACCACCACAACCAGCACCAGCAGCCGCCGCAACAGCAACCGUAUCAGUAUCAGAAUCCAAAUCACAACCACAACCAGUACCCAAUCAGCUUCCAGCAGCAGCAGCUGAGCCAGGAGCUGGGUUUCUUGAGGCCGAUUCGCGGGAUCCCAGUCUACCACCAGAACCCACCUCCGAUUCACCACCAGCCGCAUCAUCAUCUAGAUAAUAGUAGCGGUAACAACAUUCUCCCAGCUGCUGCUGGCGGCGGCGGAGGAGGAGGAGGGGCGGCGGGGAUGAUGAUGAGAUCGAGGUUCAUGUCGCGGUUUCCGGCGAAGAGGAGCAUGAGGGCUCCCCGGAUGCGGUGGACCACCACCCUCCACGCCCGCUUCGUCCACGCCGUCGAGCUCCUCGGCGGCCACGAGAGGGCGACGCCCAAAUCGGUGUUGGAGCUCAUGGAUGUCAAAGACCUCACCUUGGCUCAUGUUAAAUCCCAUUUGCAGAUGUACCGGACAGUGAAGACCACUGACAGAGCAGCUGCCACGUCAGGGCAAUCGGACGUGCUUGACAACGGGUCUUCUGGGGACAAUACUUCAGAAGAUUUGAUGCUGGACAUACAUCAGAACUCGUCGUCGUCGCGGCGACCACCACCGGAAGUAAUGUCGAUGCUGCAGCAGCCGGGAAGAUCAGGCGGCGGCGCUAGUAAUGCCGUCGGGCACCAGCACGAGAAGGACUAUCAUCACCAAGCGCUUUGGAGCAAUUCUUCUAGGGAAGCUUGGUUGCAUGGGAAGACAAAGGACUCCCCUGGAAGUUUGCCAUCUCUUGAGAAGGAGAUGGAUGCAAAAUGUAUGAGCUAUGAGAGAAGGUCAGAAGCAAGUUGUUCAUCAAGCCAGCUUUCAGGGUCAAGAAGCCCCAAGAGGCCAAACUUGGAGUUCACUUUGGGCAGGCCACAUUGAAUGGAAUGACAUGCACUCUUUAGUAUAAAAAAAAAAAUUAGUUUAUUAUAUAAAUCGAACAUUUGAUUAAUUUUUAUGAUCUCAUUACAUAUAAUAUCUACAAAAAAAUAUCUAAUAUGAAAAUCUCCACCCUCCCCAAUGCAAAAUGAAAAAAAAAAAGGAAAACCUGUACCAUUUCUUUUUUCCUUCAAGUUUCAUGGCAAGUAAAGAGGGUAGAAUUUUAGUUGAGUCCUUGUGAAGAAGAAUCAGGUUCUCUAGCAGUAGCAGCAGGGAAGGUGAAAUCAUACUUGUUUAUGCUUCUUCCAAAAGAAAAACCAGAAAGAAGAAAGAAAGAAAGCAGUUAUGGGAAAGAAGAAAGACAAGCAGACAAGCAAUGCAGAAAGAAACAGAAUGAAGGAGAGGAGAGAGAGGGAGGGAAGAAGAGGGACCAUGAGAAAGAAGAAAGGAAGCAAUAUCCUCUGAGUUUUGUUAAUAGAUUCUUCAUUUUUGUAUGUACCUCAAGCUCCAUUGAUGAGUUCAUAGGAACUCUGGGCUUUGAAUUGCUCCCUGUGAGUAUUCAGUACAUGUAUGAGUGAGUCGUUUAUGGCAGAGUGCCAGAGUUAUCAUUGUUGACAAUCUCUUCCAUUAUCCAUUCUUUUUAGAG